AUGGCUUCAGAAGCGAAAAGCAAACCAUUAGUUGUGAUUACAGGUGCCUCAUCAGGUAUUGGCGAAGCUUGUGCUCGAUCGUUUUCUCAAGCUGGCCAUCCUCUCUUACUUAUUGCUCGUCGUCUCGAUCGAUUGGAAGCUUUGAAAUUACCAAACACCAUUUGUUCUCAAGUUGAUGUCACAGACAGACCCAAACUCAUAGAAGCCAUCGAAAAAGCGGUUGAAAAAUAUGGACCUGUUGAUUGUCUUGUUAACAACGCUGGUGUGAUGCUGUUGGGUAAAGUUCAAACACAAAAACCUGAAGAAUGGCAACGUAUGUUCAAUGUUAAUUUAAUGGGUGUUCUCAAUGGUACUCAUGCUGUUUUACCAUCAAUGAUUGAACGUCGUACUGGUACUAUUGUUAAUAUCAGUUCAAUCGCUGGACGAAAAACUCUUCCAGAUCAUGCGGUUUACUGUGGCACAAAGUUUGCUGUACAUGCAUUUACCGAACAAAUCCGUGAGGAAGUGGCUCAAUAUGACGUUCGUCUUGUUAACAUCGCGCCAGGCGUUGUCGAAACUGAAUUGUUAAGUCAUUCGACGGAUAAAAAGAUUGUCGAUGAUUACAAAGUGUGGAAAGCCAACAUGGGUCAGCCAAUGGAAAGUGAAGAUAUAUCUCGAUGUAUUAUGUUUGCUUAUGAACAGCCACAGCGUGUAUGCAUUCGAGAAAUUCUCGUUUGUCCAACACGACAAGACAAAUAG